GUGCAUCUCCCUACUGAUCUCUGCUUCGUGAGCAUGGUGAAGGCAGAGCGCUCUGGCGUCCCUGAUAUCGAAGUAAAGUCUGUCAAUGUCGUGCGCUAUACUGACCGGUGCAACACCUGUGUAAGGAAUUGAAAACACGUAAUCGACAAUCAUGCGGGGGCGCAGGAGGGUUUGGAAUUUUACGGUGAAUUGUUAAGAAGGUCAUAACGCACUAUCGCGUUCUGGAUUAAACAUUGCGUGUGGGCGCGACUCGGUUUUGAAAAUGAUAAGCGGCCUUCAGGUAGCCCUGAAGAAUGCCAUUGACGUGGUGAGUGGGAAAUUCCACUUCUUUGGUGAUUCAUUUAAUUCGUUAUUCGUUCAUUAUCCUGUAUUUUUUUAUAUUUAUGCGCGUUUUCUGUUCUCGAGGAAGGCUCUUAAGUGCCUCUCUUGGUUGUGUAUCAGAAGAUGAAAAUUAAUGUGAUGCUUAGUACAAAGUGAUAUUCUCGUGUACAAAUAGCUCCACCAGCAACACCCUUGGAGGACUUUACGUAUCAUUGGAAGCAACUUAUGAACUUUUAUGUCAAUCAUUUGAGUGACCGUAAAGCUUCUAUUGAAAGCAGUGGUAUCCCUCGUCAUUUGGAUAGACUACUAGAGAUAUUACUGACAGAGGAAAAAGGGGAAGACAGUCCUGGGCCAUGUUUGGAGUACUUAUUGCAACAUAGACUUUUAGAUCUGCUAGCGACAUUAGCUGGAGCAGAAACUCCUCCUGGGAUGCGACUGGUCUGCCUAUCGUUUCUUAGAAAAUUACUGGGAAGAUCGAAGCAUCCUUUGCUACAUCAUGUAUCAGUAUAUGCACCAGUUCACAGGCUAAUAGCGCUUUGCAAUGGUCACCUUGCAUCCCCUAUCGAAGCUGAAGAAAUACAAUUCCUUCUAACACUAUGCUUUCUUGUCUGCAAAUAUCCUCCUCUAACACGUAUUGUGAAUGAUGCCAGCUCUGUUCACAGAGAGAAUAGUGUACCAAAGGAAGAUACUGAGAAAAUAGAUGCUCAACGUAUCACCUAUGUACCCGCGAGAAAAAGAAACAACUCAAACCCAUUGUUUGAACCAUUAAAUACCCAAGCAGUCAUGUUGAUAAAUCCAAAUUUGUUUGCAACAGAUAGUGAAGGAAAGUUGUCUCAUAGACCUGAAAGAUAUGCUACGGAUAAAAAUACUAGUACACAGGACAUAUUAGACAAGAUACCAAAAACAACUAGAAACACAUCAACACGGUCUAGUGGAUCGAUAUCGCUUAAGGAUGUCGAAAGUAUAUCGGAGUCAUCAAGUCCAGUCUCCCAAAAAUUACCACAAGACCCACUCCCAGUUACAAACCAAGUAGUCUCCAAUACUAAUGAUUAUGGAUCAUCUAGUCAAGUACCUGUGUCAAUGGCUUCUGCCUCUUACAAAGUAGAAAAUAAAUUUCAAGAUCCUACAAAUUUGCGAAUUGAUUCUGACUUUGCUUCAGAUAACAAUAUGGAAUAUAUGAAAGAGCAUAGCAAAAACCACACAUUUUUAGAGGUACCACCAGUUACUGAAAAUUCCAAAUGUUUCCUGGUCGACGCUUUGAUAAGCUACUUAAAUACUGCCGACAACACAGUGCGAGUAAGAGCAUGCGAGGGAAUCAUGGUUUUGGCAUCAUUAGAUGACUCUGCGUUUGCACAUGCUGUUUCACGAAGUGAUUUGCCUACAGUUUUAUCUAAACGCUUAGAAGCAUUGUACAACUCAAUUCCCGCUCAUGUGGAUCCAAAUGAUGUCGAUGAAGUUGACGUUACUUGGGGCUUAGAUUCACCAAUGUGGACAAAUGACAACAAAUUUCCUGGAUGCAGACAAGUGGCUGCAUUCUUCAUGUGGUUAGAUUACUGCGAUCAGCUUAUACGAGAAGCUCAUUUGGAAGUAGGAGAAGCAAUAGCUAAAACUAUCACAGUAUCAUUUUUUGAUAAAGUCAUAACACCAGCACUGGUUGAUCAUCAUGUAGUAUUGAUCACAGCUUUAUUAACAAAGUGCCUGAAGGAAAUUUCAUCACCACUCUUAAGUACAGAAAUCAGUCACUGGCUGGUAGGACAACACAGAGACCCUGAACUGCCAAAUGUCUGGACUACACCGAUUUUGCACAGAUUAAUAGACAAUUGCUGCACCGAGAGCAAUGACCUCACCUUGGAGACAUUAAAACUAUUUGAAGAGAUGAUAGAGAAACGGAAUGAGCAUAUACUACAUUGUCUAGUCUUGACGUACCUGAUAACACGUGGAUAUUAUGACAACAGUGCUGCCGACAGUGCAAUAGCAUCUUGGAGUGACGAAGAGGAUGAACGUGAGAGGGAAAAAAAGGGAACAGUAGAUUUAUCACGGGAGCAAAACCACAGUAGAACUUUAGCACCAACUAAUAUCCAUCGAAUCAUUAAUUGUUUCUUAUCCUUGGUGCCACGACAGCUGCAGACAGACUCUGAUGUAAAUAAUUAUGAGAGAUAUAUGGCAGACUGGGAAAAACAAUAUUCGACUGUGCUGACUGAUUGCGCUUUACUCGCAUGGCCACUGGAGGCUGUAACCAUUGACGAUUCUGCCAGUUCUGAUUCCAGACCAGAAGCUGAUCACUGUUCGGCUAGAUUUUACAUGGGUCCAUUUUUAACCAUGAUAUUGGAUAAAGUCAGUAACAUUCCCAACCAGAGAUAUGAGAUUAACUUGCAGCUAACUGUUGUUAUAUCAAGAUUGGCUCUUUUGCCUCAUCCGUAUCUACAUGAAUUUUUACUGAAUCCUCUUUUGCCUUUGGCACCUGGUACUAAAAGUUUAUUUGCCUGUCUACAAAGGGUCGUUAAGCAACUGGUCUCUGACGUACCAAAGACUCAAGAUUACAAGCAUAUACUGAGGAGUACACGACAGAGAUUGCUAGAGAAUUGUUCUCAGGAACCGGUGAAGGAAAAUAUUCUUUACGACAGCGUUAUUAUUACGGAAGAAUUUUGUAAGGAGCUCGCGGCAAUAGCUUACGUCAAAUAUCAUCGAUCCAUGUAAAGUUUCUGAUUAGUGAAAAUACGUAAUUCUAGAAAUUGACACAUUAAGAAAGACGGCCUUAGUAAAUAAUUGGUAACACGUAAAUAAUUUAAGGAAGGGAUCUUACUUCCUUUUUCUUUUCGUUUGUUUGGUGAUUAUAUUGUAAGAUACACCCACGCACUGUUUCUACGAUAGGCAUAUACAUAUAAUGAGCGGGAAUAAACUGAAAUUUUAGAGCAGCUUAGUCGCACAUUUUAUUUUCUGUUUGAAUAAACGAUUACUGAAUA